GUCAAUGAAAGUGUUAAAGGAGAGAUUGGUUCCCAAGCCCUGCCCUCCUGCUUUCCAAUCACUGACAUCAUACAGAGAGAGAGGGGGAGGGAGAGGAGUCUAUCUGCCUGAGACACAGAGGAACAGGCAGGCAGGAACAGGGGCUGAGAGACACAUAGACUGAAAAAGAGAGUGUAAAGUAGCCAAGCAGCAGAGCAGUUCAGGAAAGGACUACAGGCUGCAAUCUAGCCUACCCCAUGAGCAAAGAGACUGCAUGAGCUCUGCGAGCAAGCUCACAUCUGGCCACAGGUUUUGCAGAAUCAAGAAAACCAAAUGUUCUUUCACUUGGGGAUCCAGAGACGCAAAGUCCCCAGUGCCUGAUAAAACGGGUGACAACCUGAAAAUACAGAAUUCGAAAAAGAAAGACUCUGCGAAACUCUUAGAUCCUGCGGAUUAGACUGUUCUAUAUCCACGGUGCUAUCUCCCAAGGGUGGGGGGGGAUAGCUGCAAAAGCACAAGUGGGAUGCUUCUCUAAAUUAAACCCUGAGUCGUAUUAUAUUUUGGGGUUGUUUUCUAGGAUCUUGUGGCUUCUGCCCAUGUUGGGGGAUAUUUGCUAUUUUUCAUUCCUGUGAUUGUCCCUUAGAGAGGACGAGGAGGGUGAAGAGACCCUGAAAGUCGUUCCAGCUUUCCUGUGGUAGAUACGUGGAUUUGAUGCUUAUCCCGUGGAUUAUGGCUCCCAGCCGAAGGGAAUCCUAUUGCCAGUGUUGCCUGUGGUGGCCCCUGACAGUUAGUCUUGCAAUUGCAGUCUUGCAACAAGGUGUUCAUUCGCAAACAGUGCUGGUAAAUGACACUAUUUCAGGAUACGUUGGCACUUUUAUUGUCCUUCACUGCAGUUUUAUCAUCAGUCCAGUACCGACUGUAAAGAUCACUCAGGUCACGUGGCAAAAAUCUACUAAUGGAUCCAAACACAACGUGGCUAUCUAUAACCCCGCCAUGGGGGUAUCCAUCCUAUCACCAUACAAAGGUCGGAUUGAAUUCCUUAACCCAUCAGCUCGGGAUGGUACUAUCAAGAUAAACAAUUUGCAACUAGAAGAUCAGGGAGCAUACAUCUGUGAAUUUGCAACAUUCCCUAUGGGAAACAAGGAGAGUCAGCUGAACCUUACUGUGCUAGCCAGACCAACCAAUCAGAUGGAAGCGACUACAAAGCAGUUAGUUGCGUUUCCCAGCUCAAAGGAGAAGGUAGAAGUCGCAACGUGCACAUCCGCCAAUAGCAAGCCACCAAGUACUGUGACUUGGGAGACCAAGCUGAAGGGAGAGGCAGAAUUUCAAGAGAUAAAACAUGAUAAUGGGACUGUGACAGUGAUCAGCCGAUACAGACUGCUACCAACACGUGAUGCCCACAAACAACCUCUCACCUGUGUCAUUGAUUACAUGACGGAAAGAUUUACGGAAACCACCACGCUCAACGUGCUGUAUGAACCAGAAGUUUCAAUUGAAGGUUUUGAUGGGAAUUGGUAUGUGAAGCGUGCAGAGGUGAAGCUGACGUGCACUGCAGAUGCUAACCCUCCUCCCUCUUCAUUUCAAUGGAGAAUGGCGAAUGGUUCCCUUCCAGAUACUGCUGAAGUGAAUAAUAGUACUCUACUUUUCCGGGGGCCAGUCACCUACAGCCUCUCAGGAACCUACAUUUGCGAGGCCAAGAACACUAUUGGCAGCCAUAUGGGGCAAGUGGAAGUGAAUGUAACAGGAUUAGAUCCAUCAGCUCCAGGAAAUGAAGACAUCGAAGAAUUCCCUUUCACCCCAACUCCUCCAGAGCGGCGGAACCGAGAAGAACCAUCCAUGUUUUCAGCAGCAAUCAUUGGUGGAGCAGUGGGUGGAGUCCUGCUUGUCCUGGCAGUAUCAAUAUUCCUGUUUGUUGUACUGCGACGAAGGCAUCACACUUUCAAGGGAGAUUACAGCACAAAGAAACAUGUAUAUGGAAAUGGAUAUAGCAAACCAGGGAUGGCACAGCACCCACCAAUGGCCCAGAGCCUUCAGUACCCAGAGGAUUCUGAUGAUGAGAAGAAGCCAGGCCCAGUGGGAAGCAGCAGCUAUGAAGAGGAUGAGGAUGAAGAAGAUGGACGCAAGUUGGGUCCAAAGUAUGAUGAUGAAUCCAAGCGCCCUUACUUUACUGUGGAAGAGGGAGAGCGUCGAGGGUAUGGCGAGGACAGAACUCUGCCAUUCCAAUAUGAACCUGAAGAUAUGCCUGACAGUUUGGUGCCCCAAAAUGACGGAUCCUUCAUUUCCAAGAAGGAGUGGUAUGUGUGAGUGGGGAAACACCAAACAACAGGACACGUGUUGAUGAACGCACGCACAUGCCUCAUCCCAUGAGCUGGUUAAAGUCCUGAGGCUGGUGGGAGAGAUGAUCCUGUGAUCAGUGCUUUGUCUUGUUUAUUGAUAUAUGUAUAAAUAUAAUCUAUCUUUUUUAUGCCUCAGAACUGCAGAAUCAGCAAGACCUACUGGUAAUGCAGGCACACAAAAGCCGAACAACCGCGCUAAUACAAUACACAUAUCUUUUGGAAUUCACACCACUCUACGCAUGGUUAAAUUGUGAUUUAUUGUGUGGUCUAUUACAACAUGACAUCGUUUUUUAUUAGCACAUUCUAAAAUAAGAUUUUGUUUACAUUAUGACGUAGCAACAAUUCUCACAUACGUACACUACCACAGACUCCCACGGGUAAAAAUGGCCCAUAGUAGGAUAGAAUAAAAUGUAAAAUUUGUAAGUCCCAUUAAUAAUCUAAAGUCAUUUAAUGCUUGGCAGUACAAUAUAUCAUCUAGUGACAUGUAUUACCCAAUAGGGUACACUUUAUCAAAAUUGAAGGGGUGAUAUGCGCAAAUGGCAAAUCAUUGCCUGCAUUUGAAAAUAGAAUACCCACACACCUGCAACAUUCCCCGAUACAUACUUUAUAAUCAGAUACAAGCACCUUUGUUUUCUCUUUAGCCUUCAUUCCCUAUUUGUUACAAAAGCACACCAGACACUGGCUCCUUGCAUUCCCUUACCCAAACACUGGAUUUUAUUGCGCUGAAUAUUGUUGGGUACAUUGUGGGUUGUAAAUCUUUUUUUCUUUAUAAUGUGUAUUCUUGGGAAGUUUUGGUUCAUUCCAGGGACAAAAAGAGAGGCUGCUGUCCACCCUGAAUAUCGUACCAGCCCUGUGCGGCAUGGGAUUAAACAGUGACAACGGGGAAUGUGUUUUUUAUGGUUUGCGGGAUAUUUGUGUUUUGUGCAUCCUUUUAUUUUUCUGUCCGGAUUACAAUUUUUGUGAGCAAGGUUUGUGUGCCGACAAAUAGAUAAACAACAACUUUACCCUUUCCUCUCUGGAACAACAAUGCACUUAAAACUGAAUUAGUGGCAAUGAUUAUUUGUAAACAGGAUCAUAAGACUGUCAUCAUCGAACUGAUUACCAUGUAUCAUGCAAUCGGGGAGUUGAGUUUCAAGGCUUUCUGUGGCAGCACUGUUAGUUCUGCAAAGAGUGAAUGACAAAGGACCUUCAGCUGAAAUCAGUAAAUGACUGGUUGGUCACCUCUUCUAAAGGCCUUAAGAUGCUCUGAACACACUUGCUCUUAGACUAUAACCUGAAGAAUUUAUUCAGUAAUGACCUGUAUCUGCAGAAUUUGUUUACUGAAACCUACUAACAUUGUUAACAUCCAAGCGCACGCCAACAUUAUGCUGCUUAAAAGACAAUUAUGUUCUAAAAAUGAGAUGUCAUAGGUGUGAGGAGAAUGUGUGUUUUCAGAUAAGCCUUUUUUUAGGUGUUUGAUGUACCUUAACCUUUUUUUUUUUUUCAGUUUUUUUCUUCUUUUUGUUAUGUGUCCUGUUGGUCAGUUACUUAGAUACAACGACAUACAACCAAAAGUUACACACUUUUACCUUUAUGAUGUUCAUUUGUAGAUAUGUUAGAGUAUUCCUAAACAACAAUUCUGGGGCAAAGGGUGAACUAUGGAGCAAUCAGCAAGAAGAUCCAAUUAGUGUUCAUUGUGGUUGCCACUCAUUUAACAAAUUACCCAAGAGAUGCUCUUUAAAAUACACCCAAUUGUUCUCUUUAUGUGCUCAGGUAAAGACAAGAAUAAAUAACUAUCCAGUUUGCCAAUUAUGAGAUUCAGAAUAUGAUAAACCCACACACUCUACUUGAGUAAUGGUCUAAAUUGAUCAAGACAACUGCUUCACAAGACACAUGAAAUAUGACAGACCAUUCUAACACAUUUAGAAUAAUAAUUUGUUUCCAAAUGUUCCUAAUUGGACGUAUAGGUGUCUUAUAUUGAAGGAAUGGCAAGUACAUACAACCAACUGUGUAUAACGAAUGAAUCAUCUGUAUAUCUGUACAUAUCACAUAUCUGAGAAGUCAAUAUCCACAUUAUGUUGUGUCCUAUGGUUUACUGCAAAUGCUGUCUGUCUGUGUAUUCUUAAUGAAAUCAAGAACAACGAAUACAUUCACAAAUAUUAACAGGA